AUGCCCGCUGAAUUUGAUCCGAGCAAAGUAGCCAUUGUAUUCGUACUUGGCGGCCCCGGCUCUGGCAAAGGUACACAAUGCGCACGGCUUGUCAAGGAGUACGGAUUUGUGCAUCUUAGUGCAGGUGACUUGCUCCGUGAAGAGCAAUCCCGUCCCGACUCUCAAUACGGCUCGAUGAUCGCCGAGCAUAUUCGGGACGGCAAGAUCGUUCCUAUGCACGUCACGAUUUCCUUGUUGCGCAACGCGAUCGAGGCAAACCUGAAAAAAUAUGACAACGCUUCGCGCCCUGGCUGGGGUCAUGGCCACGGCAGGUUUUUGAUUGACGGGUUCCCGCGCAAGAUGGACCAGGCCAUCGAGUUUGAAGAGUCGGUGUGCUCUGCGCAGUUUGUGCUUUUCCUCCACUGCACCGAGGAAAUGAUGCUGAAGCGUUUGUUGCAUCGUGGCGAGACGAGCGGCCGCAUUGACGACAAUGCCGAGUCCAUCAAGAAGCGUUUCCGUACGUUUGAAGAGACGAGCAUGCCUGUCGUGGAUGCAUUCCGCAAGGUCGGCAAGGUCGCAGAGGUAGACUCAAUGCGCGAUGUCGAUAACGUCUAUGCCGAGAUUGAAAAGGUAAUGGAGGCAAAGCUUAUACAGCACUAA